AUGACAAGUACAGGACAAUUACCUGAACCAUGGAAAAGUACAGCAGCAACUUUAUUCAAUCCUUAUUUAAAUAUAAAUCAAAGAUCAAAUUCAACUCGUCGACAAUCUGCUCGUACACAAAAUUCAACAUCAAAUCGUCAAAUUCGUGUUCCACCUGAAAGUCUUGUUAGUGUUGGAAAUUUAAAAGUAACUUCGUCGGAAUCACAAACAAGACCAAGAUCAAAACAUUUUCCAAGUUCAAAUGCAACUGAACAAGUUUCAAUUUAUGUUCAACAAAUGAUUCAUUAUCAUAAUGAUGUUCAAAAUGAAAACAAUGAUGAUAAUUUAAAAUAUUCAUUUGGUUCACCAAAUGAAAGAAUAAUAAUUACAAAAAGAUCUGGAUUAGAUAAACAACAAACACAAGUAUCGAAAUAUGAAUUAGAUGAAUUUUUUACUACAGCUAAUGAUCAAAUGUCUCGUGUUGCAUCGAAAAUGCUUGGAAGAGAAUCAAGUUUUCAUGAACAUUAUUCUUCAAGAGGGGAAAGUCCUAAAUAUAGAACAAAGAAACGUCAAGGUUUAACAUUGGCAGAUAUGUGUAAUGUAGCUUCUAAUGUAGGAGAUAAAAUGAUUCAGAGUAAAGAAAAGGUUGGUCUUGAAGCUAUACGUGGUUUUCGUUUACCAUCAGCUCGAUUAGCAUAUGAACCAUGUGAAUUUUAUCCAACAGAUGCAUCAGUUUUACUUGGUCAACCAAUUGUCAAUCGAGUUCGAUUAUCUGAUAUACUUAUGGAUGAUAAUUUUUCAAAAGAAGAAAUGAUUCAAGUCGUUGAAAAUAAUAAUAAUAAUAAUGUAGAUGAUAGAGCAUCAAGAACAAGUCGUGUUCAUCCAAAAUCGGCAACAUCAACAGGAUCAAAAAUUAUUGAAUUAAAAGAUUGGAGAGGAAAAAUUACUCAAGGAAAUUUACCAGAUGUUCGAAGUCAUUCAAGAAGACAACGUUCGGAAUCUAUGGAAUCUCCGCAACGACCAUGUACAGCUGCAAGUAAUUUAUCAAAAACAAGACCAGAAUCAGCUGGUGGACUUAUUAAUGAUGAUCAAAAUGAAGAAGAAGAUACUAAAAUUUCAUCAUCUAAAUCAGUAAAUAUUCGUCAUACACCAGUUGGUUCAGCAUUAAAAAGUCCAUUAAGUUUUCAACAACGACAAAGAAAUUAUCCACUUAAUGUUCGUAUUCAUGAAACAGAUACGAAACAAGAUAUUGAUCAAAAUAUCAAUGUAAAUGAACUUGUAAAAGGACGAAAUGUUCAACAUACUGAAAAUAAAAUUAAUCCACCUGCAUUAAAAGCAUCGAGUGAACAUAAAGAUGAACAAAUACGAAUCAGUGAAAUUAUUCUACGUCCAUCAUCUGAAUCAAUAAUUUCAACACGUACAACACCACUUACAAUAUGUACACGUGAUUCACAAAGUCGAGAAAAUGUAUCACCAGAUUCAACAUUAAAUAAACGAACAUAUAAAUUAUUACCAAGUGCAUCAAGUCAAGUUUAUCAAACAAUUCCAGAAUUCAAUGAAAAUUCUAAUUCAAAUUUAAUCAAUGCACAAUUUAGUCAAUUGACAUUACCACAAUUAGAACUUUUAGAAAAUUACGAUCCAACAAUUAGUACGCGAAUUGGUGCACCAUUUAUUCCUGUUCAAAUGUUAGCAAGACCACAAGAUACUCAACAAGCAGCAAAACUUUCUACUGAACAAAUUGAACGAGAUUAUCCAAAAAAAAAUGGUCAACCUAUAUUUGAAAUUCGUCCACCUCGUUCAACUCAUAAUAUAAUUGAUGUUGCUCUAACACUUCAAUCAACAAAAACAAAACGAGUACCUAUUGAAAGACAAACAACAUUUGAAAGACCCAAAAAUGAACCACCAGUUGAAGAUAGUAUACAAAUAAAAUCAUUAGAAAAUCCAAAUCGUUUAACUAUUGAACUUUAUACACCACCUAAACAACGUUCAUUUAUUAAACACACAACUUCAAUCAAAUCAUCACCAAAACUACAAUCGAGACAGUCAGAUCUUCUUUCAAUUAUGGAUCGACAAUCGACUUUUCAAGAUCCUCUCAAGGAUGAAGAACGUAUGGAAUCUAAUUUAAGUGUUAUUAAUAUGCGAACACAACAAGAAGUCGAUCAAACUCAAGUACAAAAAAAAACUCCUCAAAAACGUCUUUUAUUUCCGACAACUAUUGUAACAAAUGCAAAUCCAAGUCCACCGCGUCAGCAAAGUUCUAAAAAUCGAGGUAGUCCAACUCGUCAACAAAGUUCGAAACAACAAGGAAGACCAAUUCCAAGUGUAUUUCUUACACAAGAUCCAGAUGAUUAUAAUUAUUCGACAUCUGUAUAUCGUCAUGCAAAAGAUAAUGUUGAUAUAAAACGUACAUUUAAAGGAUUUAUUAGUGAAAAUCUUCCGAAAAAAUUAUCAGCUGAAGAAAGAAAAAAACGUGAAGAACAACAAAUAGCUGCAAUUAAAAUUCAACGAGCGUAUCGAGAUCAUUUACAACGACGAGAUGAUAUUGAAACACGUCGUCCAUCGACAAGUCAAAUACAAGAACGAGAACGUGAUCAUCGAAAAGCUCUUUCAGCUAAACGUGCACAACAUGUUGAAAGACAAUUAAAUGAUCAAAUAAGAAUUCGUGAAGAAAAUAAACAAUAUAAACAAGCGAUUAAUGACGUUGGACCAUCUGUUGAAAUAUUUGGACAAUUUAAUCAAGUUGAAGCUCAAUUUUCAAAAUCUACACUUAAUCGUGCUGCUACAUGUAUUCAACGUUGGUGGAGAGGAUUUAUUAUUAGAUAUAAAGCACAUUCAUUGAGAGAAGAAGUUGCUACAUUUGGUUCAACAUGGUCUCAAUUUAUACAUCAUUAUCGUGAUGUUAUUCGACGUACUCAAAUAAUACGUCAAUCAGAUCGACAACAAUUUCAUUUUACUCGGGAUCAAGCCAAAGAUUUUCUUACAACUGAAAAAAAAUUAACAACUAUUUAUAAUACAAUUUCAUUUAAUGAUAAAUUAGAUCAAAAUGAAGUUGAAACAUUUUUUCAAUGUUGUGAUUUAUCAGCAACAUCCGAUGAAAUUAAACAAGCAUUAAAAGCUGUUCUCAAAUAUUAUCCACAAAAGAAAAAUGAUUCAUUAACAAAAGAUAUGGUUUUUGAUGUUGUUUAUAAUAUCUAUCCACCAUUAGGUACUGGACUUAAAACAUCAAGAAAAUCAACUUGGGUUCGACCAAUUAUUGAUGGAGAAGAUGAAACUGAUAUUCAAGGAACACCAUUUUUAGAACCAAUCGAUAUGAAUGUUAUCAAUAAAUUUUUGGGAAAACCAUAA